GGGCGGUGGGGCAGCUAUAAGCAGGGAAGCCUUCGGUGACAUCAGUCUUUUUCCUCACUCGCCAGCCUGACAGCAAGAUGAGACUCCUCGUGUUGGCUGCUCUGCUCACGGUGGGCGCUGCCGGGAGCGGUGUCAGCCCGCGGGCAUUGUGGCAGUUCCGCGACAUGAUCAAGUGCAAAAUACCCGACAGUAGCCCCUUGUUGGAUUUCAACAACUACGGCUGCUACUGUGGCCUGGGUGGAUCAGGCACCCCAGUGGAUGAACUGGACAGGUGCUGCCAGACACAUGACAACUGCUACACAGAAGCCAAGAAACUGGACAGCUGUGCAGUAAUCGUGGACAACCCGUACACCAACAGCUACUCAUUCUCAUGUUCUAACACUGAGAUCACCUGCAACAGCAAAAACAAUGCCUGUGAGGCCUUCAUCUGCAACUGUGACCGCAAUGCUGCCAUCUGCUUCUCAAAGGCCCCAUACAACGAGCAGCACAAGGAUCUGGAUGCUAAGUACUGUUAGAGCUGAGUAUUGCCCCUGGAAAGUGUCAUCCCUACCUGCUUCAUGGCCUUAACCUUACACUGUGUCUUCCAAUAAAGCACUUUGUUGAAAGGCCUCA